AAAAGCUUGUCAGCAGGCUGCGGCGUGCGGCUCAGCGCGGUGGUUCUUCAUGCUUUUGCCGCGUACGCAAUCGCACCUCAUCGACAAAAAACUACUCUCCACUCCUCAACUUUCUCUCUCUACUCCCCCCAAAGCCGCUCUCUUCUGCCUUUCUCGCUGUUCAGCACAACCAGUUCUUACCAGGUUAAGACUGAAGGUAAAGGCUAUAAGUUUAAGGAUGGGAAAGGGUUCGAAGAGCGGCGUGGGCAAGUCUGCAUCUUACCAGGUCUUCAAGGACAGGGCUAAGAAUCGGGUGGAUGAUCUGCAAGGGAUGUUCACUGAUCUGCAGUCCUUGAGGAAAGAGAGCCGUACUUCUGAAGUGGCAGUGCUUGAGGAGCAGCUUAACCAGGUGCUUCGGGAGUGGAAGGCUGAGCUCAAUGAGCCCUCCCCUGCUUCUUCUUUGCAGGGAGGGAGUUUGGGAUUUAACACAUCAGACCUUUGUAGAUUGGUGCAGCUUGGUGAGGAGGAAGAUGACGCCACCAGUGCAUUAGCUGCCCUAAAGUCUGAACCUGAUGCGCAAAAAGUUAGUGGUGCUGCUGGUUAUCAAGAGGGUCUGAAUGUAGCUCAGGUGCUGCAGGAGCAAAAUCUUCAGGAGCAAAAUCAGUUGGUUGACCAAUCCAAAAAUGCUCCUUUAGGGGUUAACAAUGUGGGCAUUAGUAAUGUAGGUCCUGCACAGUUGGGGGAUUAUCAGUCAUAUGAUUUUCAUCAAGAUUUUGAGCAGCAGUAUUUCCCUGGGUUUGAUUGUGUGAAUCUUUGCCUCGAAGAUGUUUUGCCUGCAAUUCAUAUUAAUCCUCCACCUUCUGCAUUCUUGGGCCCAAAAUGUGCACUUUGGGAUUGCCCGAGACCUGCAAUGGGGUCAGACUGGUGUCAAAAGUCUCAAGACUACUGCAGUGACUAUCAUGCUUCCCUUGCUCCAAAUGAAGGCUACAUUGGACAUCCCCCGAUUCUAAGACCAAUGGGUAUUGGCUUAAAGGAUAAUCUGCUUUUCCAAGCGCUCAGUGCAAAAGCACAGGGAAAGGAUGUCGGUGUUCCAGAGUGUGAGGGUGCAGCAACUGCAAAAUCCCCAUGGAAUGCGCCUGAGCUUUUUGAUCUUAAAGUUGUCGAAGGUGAAACAAUUAGGGAGUGGCUUUUCUUUGACAAGCCUCGAAGAGCGUUUGAGAGUGGAAAUAGAAAGCAGAGGUCAUUGCCUGAUUAUAAUGGGCGGGGGUGGCACGAGUCAAGGAAGCAGGUGAUGAAAGAGUUUGGAGGACUAAAGAGAUCUUAUUAUAUGGAUCCACAACCAAUGAAGAACUUGGAGUGGCAUCUCUAUGAAUACGAGAUCAACAACUAUGACACGUGCGCUUUGUAUAGAUUGGAACUGAAGCUCGUGGAUGGCAAGAAGAGCCCAAAAGGAAAAGUAAACAAUCCAUCUGUUGCUGAUUUGCAGAAGCAAAUGGGAAGACUUAACGCUGAAUUCCCUCCCGACACCAAGCGCACCGUGAAGGGUAGGGCAAAGGCGAACGCCAAGGGUAACACUGGAAAUAUUCCAUCUGCUCCAAAUCCUACUGUUCCAAAUUCUGAAGGGCUUUGUUAUACUACUGCACCACCACCUUACGAUUAUGUUAUCAAUGAUCUGAGUGGCUACUACAUAACGUAGUAGGAUGAAUUUGGAACACUACUGUUUUCUUCUCUUCUUAUUUUUUAUUUAUUUGGUUUGUCAGUCACAUUUUUCACUCCAGUCUCACAUCUCAGUUAAGAAGCUGGGUUAAUGUCUGAGAAUUGCUAACUCCUAUUGCCAUGAAUGUACAGAGCUACUAUUAGAAAUACUCCUACUAAAAUGGCUCUAAUCAUCUUGUAGUGAUGAUUUUUGCUGAUUAAUAUUGGAUCUGUUAAUGGUUCUUGUGCUUGUAUCUUUAUAGAAAUCUGGAUACAGUUUUCAGUGGUUACAGCAUCA